AUGGCCGUCUCACCAUGGGCCUGGCAGCACUCCUCCGCCACACCAUCCCGGAAUAAUGCACCUCUCUUCCAACCGCCAAAGUCUCCCGCCUCGACUGCCAUCAGUCCAGCUUUUGCCAAUCCUACCGACUACUUCUCCGCUGGCAACUCGCGAAAGCGACAGCGUCCCGACUCUGCUGGGAAUCAAACCUACCAGCAGCAACAGCAAAUACCUCGCACGCAACAGGCUUCACGAUGGAGUGGAACACCCAGCUGGGCGCAACAAUGUCCUACGCCGAGCGAUAAAUUAUAUGGGAGUGCCGAGUGUGACCCUCAGGGGUUGGAUUUGGUAAAUGAACGAUACCGGCUGGCCAACGGCUUCGAUACACCAUCGCUGUUGCAUACUUCUUCCCAGCUCCCCGACCAACAUCAUGACGAGCACGACUUUCGCACACAGCUGAGGGACGAUCCAAAGGAAGAGAUGAAUCGAUUCGUGGGCAAGGAUUGCGCGCCCAUUUUUGGGCCACUCGCAAGGGAGAGGAAUGGUGCCGGGCGAACAGCAAUAUCAGGGAAGGAGAUGCCCCAGAAAACAUGGACGGGGCUGGCAAUAGGCGCGAUAGGACUUGUUGGGAAAGUGUUCAGCUUCGGGAGUACGGUCUUUCGAGGGUUCUCAGCGGGUGGAGGUCGAAGAUAUGGUGUUUCAAAUCAGGCCUCGCCCGCGAGAGACGAUUCACACCUGGCCACACCGAUACCUGGUAGCUGGCAGGCCGAGGAGUUUCUCGGAGAUUUCGAACAGGACAGUCCUUCCUUUACGCAGUCAUUCACGUCCGCGGCACCAGUGCGGCCUCCUAACAAGCGUCGCCAGACGGAUCGCGAGAGUUGGGUCAUGGUUGGCAACCCGGAUCCCGAAGCGUCUCCUCCUCCAAGCGCCGUCAAGCGUCAACCCAGAGCGUCCAGCAACUUCCAUCAACCUCGCAGCAGUCUCGCUCCUCCACGAAACUCGGCAUCACGCGCAUCCAGCCGGCGAACUCUAGCUCCGUCUGCCAUCCAUCGAUCAUCCAAAGCAUCACAUGCAUCGACACCGUAUGAUAGUCCGCCACGAAAUGAUAGUUCACGCCGCGCAUCUAUGGCUUCCCCGAGGAGUUCUGGCUAUUUUGGACCUUCAGCGGUUCACAUGAGUCCCGAAGCAGAGCGAUUCGCAAAACGUCAGGCGAAGCAAGAUCGUGCGGUGGAAAAGAGUAUGAGCAGUAUGGAGCAACGGAUGAAAGACAUGAUUCGGCAGGCACAGGAAGCGCUAGGAACGAAGGUGGAGGUUGAGGGCGAUGACGAAUGUGCUGGGGAGGAGGACGGAUUUGUUGAUGAGGAUGACUUCGACAAUGGUAUUUUCGAUUAUCGAGACGGUCUUUCGAGGGGAUGA